UAGUUGUUGCUUUAAUCAUGGUUGCUAUAGUAGUGCGCGAUACUAUACACAUUUCAGACAAGAUGCUUGCCAUACACAUUAUACAGGUCUGGAUGUACGCCAUUAUUAUUGUUUUUCUGCUUCUCUACCUCAUUUUCCUCGCGUGUCCCAAUGGCUGUCAAUCGCCACCAUAAUUCUAAAUAAUUACCCCCAAAGGUUGUUCAGGGCUCCGUCUACCGUCCGGUCGGAGACGCGGUAGAAGAGCUAAAAUAUCCGUCCCAAUUCCACAAAAUCACAUCACAUGCAAAUAAAGAGAUCAAGACAUAAAAAGAAAAUAGACCAGAGCCAAAC